AUGGCACCAAGAUUCGCCACCCUCAGCUGCUCCAGCGAGCCUCGCCACCGCCGACGAGCAGCACUAACAGCAAUGCUGGUCGACCUCCUCGUUGCCCUGCUCCUCCCCUCCACUUCCUUCUCAUUGCUCCUUCCCUUCUCUUCCCUCACCCACCCCUUCUCUGUCUCGAUACAUGGCCUCCGCCCGAUCUACAGUGUCGUCUCUGACCUCCCCUACCUCAUCCACAUCCGGAUCCGGCUAUUCACCGACGCCCUGCACCACUGCGCCAUUGGAUUCACGCUACUUGGCCUCCCCAAGUCCCGAAGCACCAUCAUUGCGUCUAUUGCAUCAUGUUGCCGCCUCCUACAGAGCAACAUUGGGGCAAGGAUGGGCAAAGUGCCGUCACAGAAGGACCUCUUUGAGGUUUCAGGGCCUACCUAUUUGACAUACAUGAAUUGGAACUGCCCACACCACCAGCGAUCGGCCAUGGCGAGCCACGUGCAAGGCGUGUACGUCCUGGAGCGCGAUCGUCAAUGGAACCGCCAGAGCCCCGACGCCCGCGCGCCGGCGUGGUGGAAGUUCUUCCACUUCGAGCUGCGGCAGGUCCUCGUGGACGCCGCCGACUCCUCCAUCUUCGGCGCGGUGUACGCGUUCCAGCCGCCGUACCACCUCAUCGACCCCGCGGCGGCCGCCAGCGCGCCGCACUACGUCGUCGCCUUCCGAGGGACCGUCACCAAGAAGGCCUCCGCGUCCAGGGACCUCGAGCUCGACCUCUUGCUCGUCCGGAGCGGCAUCGAGCACACCUCCCGCUUCCGCAUCGCGAUGCAGACCAUCCACGACGUCGUGGUGGCCGCGGGGCACGGCCGCGUCUGGCUGGCCGGCCAUUCGCUGGGGUCCGCUAUCUCAACCCUCGCCGGAAAGACCAUGGCCCGGGCGGGCGUCGUCCUCACCACAUUCCUCUUCAACGCGCCGUUCCUGUCGGUGCCGGUGGAGAGGAUCCCGCACAAGAAGGUGAAGCAGGGCAUCCGCAUCGCCAAGAGCUUCGUCACGGCCGGCGUGGCUACCGUCCUGCACAAGGGCGGCGGCAGCAGCGACGAAGCCUUCGCGGCGCUGGCGCGGUGGGUGCCGAACGUGCUGGUGAACCCGGCGGACCCCAUCAGCGCGGAGUACGUGGGGUACUUCGACCACCGCAAGAAGAUGGAGGACAUCGGCGCGGGCGCCGUCGGGAGGCUGGCUACGAGGCACUCGGUCAAGGACCUGCUGUUGGGCAUCGGCAAGCCGGGCGGCUGCGAGCCGCUGCACCUGUUCCCUUCGGCCGUCCUGACGGUGAACCGCGGCCCGUCGCCGGACUUCAAGUCGGCGCACGGGAUCCACCAGUGGUGGAGGCCGGACUUGGCCCUGGAGUGCAGGGCCUAUUCCUACGCUUGAUUGGCUGAAAUAUAAGGCAAACCUCCUUUGGAUCCUGGUUCUAGAAACUGAAACUCGAAAAUGAUUUGUGUUGGCUGCAGAGCCUGAAAAUGUCAACGCAGAAGACAAGACA